GUUGCAUAUCAUCCGCGUGCACGUCUACGAACCUGCAGAACCUGACCAUCUUAUCAAACACGAGCUUGAGGAAAUGUCGAGCGGCGAAGAACCGAUUGAGGAAUCUAAUGGAGAUUCAUCGGUGAAUGUGACGCUAAAUCUCAAAGAUCGAUCAAAGAAAAUGGUGAAGACGAAGGAGAAGACGAAGCAGAUCUUGUCGGAGCAUGCAGAUAAGAUUGCCAAACGGGCUGAAGAGCAUGAGACCUUCAUCACCAAGGUUACUCAUCUACUUGGUGUUCUUGGGUUUGGGGCAUUUUGCUUUAUUUUGGGUGCAAGGCCACAAGACAUUCCUUAUGUAUACUGUGUGUUCUAUGUCACCUUUGUUCCACUUCGGUGGAUUUACUACCGUUAUAAGAAAUGGCAUUAUUAUCUUUUGGAUUUUUGCUACUACGCUAAUACAAUAUUCAUAAUCACAAUUCUCUUUUAUCCUCAGAAUGAAAAACUUUUCAUGGUUUGUUUCUCAUUUGCAGAGGGCCCGUUGGCAUGGGCAUUGAUUGUUUGGCGAUGUAGCCUUGUUUUUAGCUCUGCCGAUAAAAUCGUUAGUGUCUUCAUACAUCUCUUACCUGGAUUGGUUUUCUUCACAAUUCGGUGGUGGGAUCCUGUUUAUUUUGGAGCCAUGCAUCCAGAAGGAAAUGACCGUAGAGCUUCAUGGCCUUACGCAGAAAGCAAAUCCUACCUCUGGACAUGGCUUUUUUUGGUCCCCUUGAUAACAUACACUCUCUGGCAGAUUCUCUAUUUUCUCAUUGUUGAUGUGUUACGCCGCCAAAGAUUUUUAAAAGAUCCUGAGGUCAUGACUUCUUACAGGGAGCUAUCAAAAAAAGCCCAGAAAGCAAACAACAUGUGGUGGCGUCUGAGUGGGUUGCUUGGGGACGAGAACCGCCUGUUGAUGUACAUUCUUCUGCAAGCAGUGUUUACUAUGGCAACCACGGCACUGACCGUACCCAUAUUUUUAUCAUACGAGUUGCACGUGACCUUUCAAAUCCUCAAGAUCUCUGCAUCUACAUGGAACGGAGGGAACUUUUUGGUAGAAGUGAUGCCCAGACAGGCAAUUCUCAAGCAGCAGAAGCAGAAAUCGGAGAUCACUACUUCUGGCCAGUAGCAAGUAGUUGUUCUAGUGAUUAAUGUCCUGUCUAUCCUCUGAAACUAACCCCAGCCCCUUUGCCCUGCUCAAGGGCCCUUCCUGCUGCUGGCUUUCCCCUUCUCCUCCCUCCAACCUCCAACAUCAAUGGGAAAGACCAGAAGACUAGAUUCUUCACUGAAAACAUCUAGGGGAAAAACAGUUUCAAGCAGCUGGGGCAAACACUACAAAAAUUAACCUUUAUGCUGUUGUCAUGUAUUGCCAUUUUAGAAAAUUCAACAAGUACAUACGAAGCAUGCUUAUCUAUAUUUCUUACAUCCACAGCUUUUCGAAAUUGAAAAACCUUUUCGGAAUAUGUAACUUACAUAAACAUCCAAUUCCAUCGUAAUUACACAUUUUAUACUGAGCGUUAUUGCGUACAACACCAAAAACACUUUUGUCGC